AUGCGUAUUGCAAGCAACUCGCUUUGCCUCAACAUGGCAGCUCAUUUGAUGAGGACAGUGGCUGUAUCUGUCGUGCACCCUCUCCUCCGUCUGAGUCAUUGCCCCGUGAAAUCCCGAGGCCUCUCCACCUUCCUGCUAGGAUCCAUGCGGAGUGCACUUCCUGUUGGCACAAGCCUCCUGAAGCCCAGUUCAUUGGUUGAGUCAUUUCUUUCAAACUAUCUCAUGCCACGUCUGCAGCCUGCUCUGGGGUUCAAAACCAAGGGCGUCAUCAAGAAGCGCUGUAAGGACUGUUACCGGGUGAAGCGGCGAGGCCGGUGGUUCAUCUACUGUAAAACAAACCCAAAGCACAAGCAAAGGCAGAUGUAG